AUGAAGCAAACACAUUUCGACGCCAUCGUCGUGGGCGCAGGGUUCGGAGGAAUCUAUGAGCUUCACAAACUUCUCCAGUUAGGACUGUCGGUAAGAGUCAUUGACGCGGCUGGAGAUGUCGGUGGGACAUGGUAUUGGAACAGAUAUCCUGGCGCAAUGUCUGACACGGAAUCGUACAUCUACCGGUACAGCUGGGACAAGGAGGACCUGAUCAACUAUCACUGGAAAGAACAUUACCUCAAGCAGCCCGAAGUGCUGGCGUACCUGGAACAUGUGGUUGACCAAUAUAACCUGCGCCAGCACAUGCAGUUCAAUACUGAGCUCGAGCAUGCGCAUUACGACGAAACCAACAACGUCUGGGUCGUGGAGUGUUCGACGGGCGAGUCCUUCACCACCCGAUACUUGAUCACCGCACUAGGCCUGUUGUCGAAGACCAACUAUCCCAAUAUUCCUGGCAUUGGGAGUUUUCAGGGAGAGAUGUAUCAUACAGGAAAAUGGCCACGCGAGCACGAUUUCAACGGCAAACGCGUUGGAAUCAUUGGAAACGGAUCCACUGGUGUUCAAGUCAUCACCGCCAUUGCCAAGGAUGUCCGCCAGUUGAUAUGCUUCCAGCGCACUCCACAGUAUAGUGUGCCGAGCGGCGACGGGCCUGUGACGAAAGAAUACCGCGACGCGAUCAAUGGCCGCUACGAGGAGAUAUGGAGUCAAGUCCGUAACAGUGCCGUGGCUUUUGGGUUCGAAGAGUCCACCACUCCUGCCAUGAGCGUGUCUGCCGAGGAACGAGAGAAGAAGUUCGAAGAGGCAUGGCAGCGAGGCAACGGGUUUCGAUUCAUGUUCUGGACCUUCAGUGACCUAACGGUCAACGAGCAAGCGAAUGAGGAAGCAUGCAAGUUCGUCCGGAAGAAAAUCAGCCAGACCGUCAAAGACCCGGAGAAAGCAAGGAAGUUGACUCCCCACGACUUCUAUGCCCGACGACCACUGUGUGAUGCUGGCUACUAUGAACAGUUCAACCGGCCCAAUGUCGAUAUCGUCAGCCUCAAAGAGAACCCGAUCGAGCGUAUCUCGGAAAAAGGUGUAGCCAUGUCGGAUGGGACCCAGUAUGAUCUCGACGUGCUGAUUUUUGCAACCGGUUUUGAUGCCGUCGAUGGCAAUUAUACCCGUGUCGCCAUCAAAGGCCGCAACGGUGAGAGUCUGAAAGAGCACUGGGACAGGAAAGACGGCCCAACGUCUUAUCUGGGCGUAUGUCUGCCAGGUUUUUCGAAUCUGUUCAUGAUUACUGGUCCAAAUAGUCCGUUCACGAAUAUUCCGCCCACGCUCGAAACACAGGUUGAGUUCAUAGCCGACACUAUUGCCAGAGCAGAGGAGCGUUCCAAGGGAAAGGCGCAAGCUACCAACGGCGCCGCAGAAUCAACUGUAUCUGAUGACUCUGGUCCAGUGGUCGAAGCACUCGAAACUGCCGAGGAUGAGUGGACGGAUUUGUGCAAGAAACUCAGUGACAACAGCCUGUUCAAGAAGACCGAUUCCUGGAUCUUCGGCGCUAAUGUCCCUGGCAAGAAGCAUACGGUGAUGUUCUACUUUGGUGGAUUGGGGGCGUACCGCAGGGUUCUGAGCGAAGUCAUCGACGCAGGAUAUCGCGGUUUCAAGCCAUUUUAA